UCCCCUUGUUGUUGAACAAUACCUCCUCUGAUCACCGCGCACAUUGGUCAGCUUGCAGUGCGGCGGCAGUGAUCAGGUCCUGCGGCCAUGUCGGCCGAGCAGGACCCGCGGGACAAGGCGCUGGAGGACUACAAGCGCAAACUUUUGCAGCACAAGGAGGUGGAUAGCAAAGUGAGGGCGCUGCGAGAGGACGUGAAGACCUCCAAGAAGGAGUAUGACAAGACAGAAGACGAUUUGAAGGCGCUGCAGAGCGUGGGGCAGAUCAUCGGGGAGGUCCUCAGGCAGUUGGACGAGGAGCGCUUCAUCGUCAAGUCGAGCAGCGGCCCGCGCUACGUGGUGGGCUGCCGCAGCAAGGUGGACAAGGAGAAGCUGACGCCCAACACGCGCGUGGCGCUGGACGUCACCACGCUCACCAUCAUGCGCAUCCUGCCGCGCGAGGUGGACCCCGUGGUGUUCAACAUGACGCAGGAGGACCCUGGCAAGGUGGACUACUCAUCCAUCGGGGGCCUGUCGGAGCAGAUCCGCGAGCUGCGCGAGGCUGUGGAGCUGCCGCUGAUCAACCCGGAGCUAUUUGCGCGGGUGGGCAUCAAGCCGCCCACGGGGGUGCUGCUGUACGGGCCGCCCGGCACCGGCAAGACGCUGCUGGCCAAGGCCAUCGCCUCCAACAUAGAAGCAAACUUCCUCAAGGUGGUGGCCUCGGGCGUGGUGGACAAGUACAUCGGCGAGUCGGCGCGAGUGAUCCGCGAAAUGUUUGGGUAUGCACGGGAGCACCAGCCCUGCAUCAUCUUCAUGGAUGAGAUCGAUGCCAUUGGCGGCAAGCGCUUCAGCGAGGGCACCAGCGCGGAUCGAGAGGUGCAACGCACGCUGAUGGAGCUGCUGUCCCAGCUGGACGGGUUUGAGAAGCUGGGCAAGGUGAAGCUGGUGGCGGCCACCAACCGCCCCGACGUGCUGGACCCUGCCCUCAUGCGGCCAGGCCGGCUAGACCGCAAGAUCGAGAUCCCGCUGCCCAACGAGCAGGCGCGCAUGGAGAUCCUGAAGAUCCACGCCAGCAAGAUCACCAAGCACGGCGACAUCGACUACGAGGCAGUGGUGAAGCUGGGGGACAACUUCAACGGCGCCGACCUGCGCAAUGUCUGCACAGAGGCCGGCAUGUUUGCGAUCCGUGAUGAGCGCGAUUACGUAACGCAGGAGGACUUCAUGAAGGCGGUGCGCAAGCUUGGGGAGGCUAAGAAGCUGGAGGGGCACCUGGCCUACUCGGCAGAGUUUGGUGACGCGGGCAAGUCGUGAGGCAGGCAGGCGACGGGCAGGUGUCCCCAGAUGGGUGGCAGCGACCUUCUCAUCAGGCGCUCUCCCCGGUGCCGGCUUCAUCUCCCUCUGUAACAUACUGUGCC